GGGAAAGGCGGCAGCCGGGGCGGAAAGCAGGAAGGAGCGUGGGCCCUUCGCUCGGGCUCUGCAGCGGCUUAUGCUUGUCCUGCCUUGUUACGUGUUUGCUGUAAUAAUAUUUCCCCUUUAAGGCUGGGCUUCGAAGUUAUUUAUACUUGUGGGGUGGUGACAGGAACACAGAGCGGAGCAGGAGCUCCGAACUGCUCUCACCUGAUCCGCAGCGAGGGGCGGCCAGAGGAGGAGGAGGAGGAGGAGGGAGGAAGCUGAGCAAAAGAGAGGGAGCGAGAGAGAAAAGGAGCCCGCGGGAGGGGAAGAGAAAGCAGGCAGGGCAUCCCCAGGGAGGGCCGAGGGAGGGGACGAGCAAAGAGCGAAAGGGGGAACGAGGGAAGGAGGAAGGAGCGAGGAGGGAGAGAGGGGCUUGGGCAACGGCACGAGGCGCGGUGGCUCCGGGGAGCCCAGGGGGCCGCGGGCGUCCCAUGCCAAGCGUGAGCCAGGGGUGCUGAGCAGGGACAGCCGAGUGGGAAAAAAAAAAAGGGUUCUCCUGGCCUCCUCCUCACCCUCAAGAUGAUGAAGAGGCAGUUCAAUCGCAUGCGGCAGCAGCUGUCCCAUCCCAACGCCACCAGCCGAGCCCAAGAAGCGACCGAGCUCCUGACGGAAGAUUUGCUGCAGAUCGAGCAGAGGAUCGAGCCGGCCAAGCGGGCGGCGCACAGCGUGUCCAAGCGGCUCCAGGCUUGCCUGCAGGGGCACUGCGGCUCCGAGAUGGACAAGCGAGUGAAGAAGCUGCCCUUGAUGGCUCUGUCCAUGACGAUGGCUGAGAGCUUCAAGGAGCUGGACACGGACUCCAGCCUCGGGAAAGCCCUGGAGAUGGGCUGCUGCAUCCAGAGCUCGCUGGCCAAAAUCCUGGCCGAGUUCGAGAUCACCGUGGAGCGCGACGUCCUGCAGCCCCUCAACAAGCUCAGCGAGGAGGAGCUGCCCAUCAUCCUGAAGCGCAAGAAGACCCUCCAGAAGCUGAUCUCCGACUGGAACGCCAUCAAGAGCCGGCUGAACCAAGCUGCCAAGGGCUCCGGUAACAGCGCCGGCGCUGGAACCGUCCCGGGGGCUUCUUCUGCCAACAAACUGGAGAUCCUGAAGGAAGAGGAGGAGGAGGUGAAGAGGAAGGUGGAGCAGUGCAAGGACGAGUACAUGGCUGACCUCUACCACUUCUCCACCAAGGAGGACAGCUACGCCAGCUACUUCAUCAGACUGCUGGAAAUCCAAGCCCAGUACCACCGGCAGUCCUUGGGGUCUCUGGACUCGGCUCUGGCGGAGCUGAAGGAGAGCCACAGACAGACAGAGCCCUCCUUCGCCGUGGAUGCCCCAGUGGCCGGGUACUACGGCGUGCCCCUGGAGACCCACCUCAGGAGCCUGGGCCGGGAGAUCGCGCUGCCCAUCGAGGCCUGCGUCAUGAUGCUGCUGGCCUCCGGCAUGAGGGAGGAGGGGCUCUUUCGGCUGGCAGCGGGCGCCUCGGUGCUGAGGAAGCUGAAGAGCAGCUUGGCCAGCGGCUCCAAUGCCCUGGAGGAGUUUUACUCCGACCCCCACGCUGUGGCCGGCGCGCUGAAGUCCUACCUGCGGGAGCUGCCCCAGCCUCUGAUGACCUUCGAGCUCUACGACGAGUGGGUCAAAGUGGCCAGCUUAAAGGACGUUGACAGCCGUGUACAGAGCCUGCGAGACACCUGCAGCCGCCUGCCCCAGGACAGCUACAACAAUUUGAGGUAUCUGAUCAAGUUUCUGGCCAAGCUGGCCGAGCACCAGGAGGUGAACAAAAUGACCCCCAGCAACAUCGCCAUCGUGCUGGGCCCCAACCUGCUGUGGCCACAGCCGAGCACAGGAGACCCCGUGCAGCUGGACUUGGCCUCGGUCUCCUCCAUCCAGGUGGUGGGCAUCGUGGAGGCCCUCAUCCAGAACGCGGACACCCUCUUCCCUGGAGAUGUAGAUUUCAACGUCUCAGGGAUGUUUACGCCGCCCGCGGAUGUCAGACUCAGCAAGGACACUCCUACAGAAGAGCCAUCCCCCAAAUCCCCCGUAGCCAGCUCCCCGGCUCUCCCAGACGAAGAAGGCACGAGGGACCCCGAGGUGAGCACCCAGCCACCUUCCACAGAGGUGACCAGACCGUCCCCCGAAGCCACGGUGCCACCAGCCCACGACUCCAUCCGCAAAGCCAAGCGCCCGGCCCCAGCCCGACCUACAGUGCCACCACCCGUGGCCCAGCCCCGGAGUACGGUCCCUGAGCACGCCACCAGCCCCAAAGCCCGGCCACGACGGAUAGGUGCUCCCUCCAUCCCGCCACCGCUGCCACCGCAGCCGGCACCGCGCCACAGCCGCGAGUCCCUGACGUCCCCGGGGCCUCCCUCCGCCAAGGCCACCACCACCACCCCAGACUGGGACGAGGGGCCAGCGGGGGGACGGAGCCCCACUGGUGGCAUCGCCGAUGGAGGAGAAUGACUGAGAGAGGUGUGGGGCCACCAUCAGCUCCCAGCGGCCGCGGGCCUUCGCCUGCAUCCCCGUCCUCAUCCUCCACCACGAGCCUUCCUCCCGAGGGGAAGGGGAGAAGGAAGGGGAGGCCCUGUGCCAUUUUGCCUGCGGGUGGGAGAUGCCUCAGCAGGCACAGCGCCAUGUCGCAGGCCUAGCAGGCAGAGGGACAGGCCCGGCAGUGGCUGUUGGCGGGCACACCGCCACCAUUCUGCCAACAUUUUGCCUCAAAGCUGGGACUGGGAAGAGGAACAGGCAAGCGGUUGGUUCCCCAGUGAAAGGUUUUUAUUUAAAAAGAAGCAAAAGAAUGACUGCACACA